GCAGUAGUAGGACACAAAAAAAAUUCAUUAAACAGUUUAUUAAAAAACUGAUCCUGGUGUUUCAAAUUGCGCGUAGUAAUUUUCUGCACCAUUUGAAGAUCGAAACGAGAUAAAUUGGCGUGGUUUUGCGGCCGAUUGACCGUCCGCGCUCUAUGUAAGUGCUUCAGUGGUGUGGGAUUUGGGGACAUUUGCUUCUUGGCCGUUUUCGAAUGACAGCUGUAAGUGUCUGUAGAAAAGUUGGCCAUCAGUUUUUGUCCCUUGUUCGCAAUCGUUUCGGUCGCGAAGCCCCCUUAUGUUGUGUUCGAGGGCGUAGCCUCCCAGCCCCGCUGUAUGUGCAAUCGGCUUGUGUAGUGUGGAGUAGUGCCGCCCCCAGCCCGUGCCGGCGUCACCAUGUCGGACGAGAGCCAUCCAAAAACUUUGUAUGUGGGCAAUCUGGACCCCUCCGUCAGCGAGGACCUGCUCUGCACCCUCUUCUCCCAGAUCGGCCCCGUCAAGGGGUGCAAGAUCAUCCGCGAGCCCGGCAACGACCCCUACGCCUUCGUCGAGUUCACCAACCACCAGUCGGCCUCCACGGCGCUGGCGGCGAUGAACAAGCGCCUCUUCCUCGACAAGGAGAUGAAGGUGAACUGGGCCACCUCGCCGGGGAAUCAGCCCAAGCAGGACACCUCCAACCACCACCACAUCUUCGUUGGUGACCUGUCGCCGGAGAUCGAGACUGAAACCCUACGAGAGGCCUUCGCUCCCUUCGGGGAGAUCUCCAACUGCCGCAUCGUGCGCGACCCCCAAACGCUCAAAAGCAAGGGGUAUGCGUUCGUGUCGUUUGUCAAGAAAGCGGAGGCUGAGAACGCGAUUCAGGCGAUGAAUGGGCAAUGGUUGGGGUCCAGGUCCAUCAGGACCAACUGGUCCACGAGGAAGCCGCCGCCGCCGAAGACGGAGAAGGCGGCGCAACGCGCCAAACAGCCCACUUUUGACGAGGUUUACAACCAGAGUUCCCCGACCAAUUGCACGGUGUACUGCGGCGGCUUCACCACCGGCCUCACCGAAGACCUCAUGCAGAAGACCUUCUCUCAGUUCGGCGUCAUCCAGGACAUCCGAGUGUUCAAGGACAAAGGCUACGCCUUCAUCAAAUUCGCGACCAAAGAAUCAGCAACGCACGCCAUCGAAACAAUCCACAACACCGAAAUCAACGGUCAAAUGGUCAAGUGUUUCUGGGGCAAGGAGAACGGGGGCAUGGGCGCGGACCCGGGCGCCGCCAUGACGUCGGGCGGGGCGGCGGUGGCGCCGGGGGCGCAGGCCCAGCCCUACUCGUACGGCUACGGGGGCUACUGGUACCAGGGCUACGGGGGCUAUCCCUACCCCUACCAGCAGUACCAGUACCAGCAGCAGUACUGCAUGAUGCCCCAGCAGGGCCAGUGGGCCUCCGCCCAGCCGGGGGGCGGCCAGCAGCCCAACGUGCCGGUGAUGUACAAGUACCCGUCACAGUGAUGAGGACGAAACCGUGGCGGUCUGACGUGCAGUGACUUGGUUUUAGUUAAGAGACUCGGUGAUUACAUAUUUGGAUAUGUAGUUGUCAUCAGCGCACUUUGGUUGGUUCUUCAGACGUGGGUGUCGCGCCGCUCAUAGAAUUAUUUUUUCAUACUACAUAUUUUUGUAUAGUUGCGUUUCGAUGCGUUUUGUCUCUUUUGUAUAUAGUAGUUGAUGUCAAAGUGCGAUUGGUGCGCUCGCUCGCUCGCUCGCUCUUAAACUGAUCAUAUGCGUGAUACAAUUUAGUUGUCUUUUUUGUGGCAAGGAGUGACUGGGACUGGACUUCGGCGGUCGUGACAAUUAAAACAGUUACUGUAGAUGAUUAUGUAUAAUUAGGUUAGACAAACACAUUGUAAUCAUUAAUAUAUCACGUUUAUCUGAGUAAAUGAUUUUAUGAUGAUACGCAUGAUUGGUCUUUCCAACUGAAUAAGACAGAUUUUAUAACAAAAAAAUAAUUAUGUAUAUGCUAGUUGUUAAUAAAAACUUCAGGUCUGGGA